AUAGCCGGGGUGGGCUCGCCACACUCCUCUCCCCCCCCACCCCAACCCAGGGAGAGACGGGGGGAGAGAAAUAAAGGGAGGGGGGGUGGGGGGGGAGAGAGAAAAAUCCCAGUGAGGUCAUUUCAAUGAGAGCGCAGGAGGCGACCAGACGAGGUCGACUUUUCCGGCGGAGGCGCAGCCCCUGAGGAGCGCGGCGCGGCACCGCGGCCCGUCCCCGCCGCCGGGCCGGCACCUUGGAGAGCUCCGCGGCGCCGGGGCCGCGCUCGCUGCCGGCGCGGCGCUGCGCGGCGCUUUGCGGGGCCCGGUGCGCCGGGGCCGCCCCGCCGCCCCCCGGCAGCGCCCGCCGGCCGCGGAUGCGCCGCUCCGCCCCGGCUGCCGGCCGAGGAAGAAAAGUUUGGGGGCGACUUAAGGCCGCGGGAGCGCCGGAGGAGAAGGAGGAUGCGCGGUUUCCCCGGCUGAUCGGGAAGGAAGGAUGACCGAGGGAGGAUGUGCACCAGCAGCCAGAUCAUCGGGAGCCUCCUGGUGCUCUCCGUGCUGGAGAUAGGGUUAGGGGUGUCCAGCGUGGCCGUGGGGGCGGUCAGUUUCAGCCUGGUCCUCACAGAGCAUAAACCUCAGCUGGGAGACUCUUCUCCGGUAUGGAGCGGGGUGUGUUUUCUGCUUUGUGGCAUAUGUGGAAUAUUGUGCGCCAAAAAAAAAUCUGGACUUGUUAUGAUUCUUUUUUCUGCCUGUUGCAUCUGUGGACUAAUUGGAGGAAUCUUAAAUUUUCAAUUUCUUCGUGCUCUGACAAAGAAGUCGUCUGCUCUCUAUUCUUUGCACCUUGCCUCCAUGUCUCUUGCAUGCAUUGGAAUCGGUGGUUGCACCCUUUCUUCAUGGCUCACUUGUCGGCUAGCCAGCUAUGAACAAAGGCGAAUGUUUUCAGAAAGAGAACAUUCACUGCAUCACUCCCAUGAAAUGGCAGAAAAAAGAUUGAGGGGUAUUGAAAUAACCGACCUGCCCAGCUGCCCGGUGGUUCCCCCGACACCAGAGUUACCUCCAAGGAAAUGACAGACAACCUAAGCAAUGGUGGCCCACAUCUGAUUUAUAAUGGAAGUGUAUAUUAAGAGAUUUUUAAAAGUUCCAUGGGAAAAAGUGGUUUUAGAAUUUUCUUCAGAAAAAAAAAAAAAAGACUCCAAGGAGCUGAGAAAAUGGAACUAUCUUAGCUUUUAUGGCUCAAAUAUCACAACUGCAGAACAGCACAGUUGCAUUUCCCUUUUAGAAACAUGUUCAAAAUUUGUCUCAUAAACAUUUUGCGGAUAUAUAAUAUUUAUUCACUUCCUGGCUAUUCUCUUUUGUUUGGGUUUGGUUUUGGUUUGGGUUUUUUUUUUUUUGUCUGAAUAACUUUUCAGAAUUGUGAUAGUAUUUGAAAUAGACUUUGCAAGACUCUUCUUCUCAUGAAGACUCAAAAACCAGAAAAAAAUAAUUAACCCAGACCACAUUUAACCUGGUCACAGGAUUCCUAAAGAGAAGAGAAGAGGGCAGAGGAAGGAUGGCUCAGGGGAAUCUUUCUCACCUCCCCACUUAUCAGUAUCUGGUGUAAUAUGAUGGCUUCAGAUCAUGUGGCAUGGUACCAGCAAUGCAUUUGCACAGUCCCCCUCCACACGUUGCAGAUGCAUCCAGCCUCAGUUUUCCCAGUAGAUCGUUUCAAAAGAGAGUGCAAAUUGCUCUUCCAAAGGUUCCCAUUUCACAGAGUGUAAAUUAACAGUGUGCUGAAAACACCACCAAUGUCUUUGUUUUGAAAGACAGAAUGCUCUAAGAAUGCCAUAAAUCAAAACCUCAACAAUGCCUUGUUGUAAAGAAAUUGUAAAUAUUUCCAAUUUGUGAAUGAAGUAUAUUUCGUAAUUUGUUCAUAAAAGAUGACAAAUAAAAUGAAAUCUAA